UUCGAGACUACGGGACGCUACGUUCAUAAUGGCAUUAGCAAAAGAUAUCUUUAUAAUUGCUGCAAAACGAACCCCAUUUGGAACUUUCGGCGGGAAACUUAAAAAUAUAUCACCUACUGAUAUAUGUGUAAUAGCAGGAAUCUCUGCUUUGUCCAAUAAAUUAAAUAACAUAAAUGCUGCUGACAUAAAUUCAACAAUUGUUGGCAAUGUUAUUCAUACUUCGCCAGACUCAAUAUACAUAGGCCGGCAUGCAGCUCUUAAGCUAGGUAUUCCAGUAUCGACUCCUUCAUUGACAGUCAAUAGAUUAUGCGGAUCUGGGUUUCAAUCGAUAAUAAAUGGGAUUCAAGAUAUCUUAUGCAAUGAUGCGGAUAUAGCAUUGUGUGGUGGUACCGAAAAUAUGAGUCAAUGUCCUUACAUGGUUCGAAAUUUGCGAUUUGGCAUCAAAUUGGGCACGGAUCUUAAAAUGGAAGAUAGUUUGUGGCAGGGAUUGACUGAUUCCUAUGUCAAUAUGUCUAUGGCUAUAACAGCUGAGAAUCUUGCUGAAAAAUAUGGCAUUAGUAAAAUGGACGCCGACAAAUAUGCCUUAAAAUCGCAAAUGAGAUGGAAAAAAGCUCAAGAGCAAAAUGUGUUUCAGGACGAGAUGGCGGUGAUAGAUUUCAAUAAUCUACCCUCAGGGGUGGGAGGGAGUGAUUCAAAAUCAUCGAAAGGCAAACCACUCAAGGAUCCGUUUUUUGGUAUAGACGAACACCCAAAAAUUGAUACCACCCUUGAAAAUUUGCAAAAAUUGCCGGCCAUUUUUAAAAAAGGUGGAAAUGUUUCCGCCGGAAACGCUUCGGGAAUAUGCGAUGGGGGCGGCGUUGUCAUUGUGACUGACGGAGAAACUUGUAAAAGAAAAAAUUAUAAACCUUUAGCUAGGAUUGUAUCUUUUCACGUGUCAGGUUGUGAUCCUACUAUAAUGGGGAUUGGUCCGGUUUAUGCUAUCAAAGGAGCUUUGAAAAAAGCAAAUUUAAGCGUAAAAGACAUGGAUUUGAUUGAAGUUAACGAGGCUUUUGCCUCUCAAUAUCUAGCAGUAGAAAAGGAAUUGAACUUAAACCCCGAAAAAACAAAUGUUAAUGGUGGAGCUAUUGCUUUAGGGCAUCCAUUAGCCGCUUCCGGUUCGAGGAUUAUGGCUCACCUAACUCAUCAAUUAAGAUUGAAGAAUUUACGAUAUGCUGUAGGUUCCGCUUGUAUAGGAGGUGGACAAGGAAUUGCCAUCGUCAUUGAAAAUUUGGCUAAAUAAUUCCAUAUAUUGAUUUAAACAAAAAAAACCAAAUCAUAUUGUGAUAUUUUUUUUACAUGCUAAUUUUUUUUAUUUUCAAAAUAAUUGAAAAAUUUGUAAUACAUUUAUAUUUCGCUUAUUUUUAUUACAUACAAAUUAUAAACAUGAAAUGAAAUGACUAUUUUUGAUAAAUUAUUAGGGAAAAAAUAUAUUACUCACAUAAAGGUGGAUAUUAUU